UACAAUGCGAAUUGUCCAAAAGAGCCCCACAACUGAAAUUUCACCCUUACACCGUCACGGACAUUUACGUCAAAUAACAAACAAUUAGAGAGGUGGUAGUUAUAAUCCGCGUCAGCGUUCUCUUAGGACUACGUUUGAAUCCACGAUCGUUUUAUAAACACCAACUUCUUCUUCACCAAUAUCACGAAGAACACCCCAAAGAGACUUUGAGAGCAAAACACAAAUAUCAAAGAGUUCUUUACAAUUACGCGGAGAGCAAGAAAGAGAGAAUUUUCAGAGAGAGAGAGAGAGAAUGGGAGAUUGCAGGCCGUUGGGUUUCUUGGUAGGACUGCCAUUUGCGUUGGUGGCAGUGGUUUUAGCUGUCGUGGGUGCAAUUAUCUGGGUUCUUGGGACCGUAUUGAGUUGCUUGUGCCCAUGUUGCAUUUGUUGCGCGGCAUUGGCGAAUUUUGCGAUGUCGUUGAUAAAGCUCCCAUUCAAAGUCAUUUCUUGGUUCACUGAUCAGAUCCCUUGUUGAUAUUUCUCAUCCAAUACCUCUCUUGGUUUUCUAAUCUUUAAUUCUUUUUCUUUUUUUUUAAGAUUCUUAACACAUGUAUUUUGUCAAUCUUUGGUUCGGCACUCUUUCUUUGCAGUUGAAGGAAAACUAAAUUUGUAUUAA